UGUGGGAAUUAUAUUCAGAUUUAUGUGGCCUAGUGCACACAAACUUCACUUCAAUUCGUCCUUCUUUCUCCUACGUGCGAGUGUGUAAGUGUGUGUGUUUUGGUUGGAGGAGGGGAGUUUUGAUUCCCGCUGAAGUCAGACGAGAGAGAUCGUCUUUCAGACCAGAUAUGGAGGCUCUGUCGUUGAGAGCAAGAAGUCUGACAAGACUUGAAGACGUUACUUGUUUUACUUGCAGAAGGAAAUCCUCAUCCAGACUUCAGGUUUAUGAAAGUUUUUUUUUAGGAAGUUUAAGGCUGCUCUGCAUGUGAAUGAAAAUGGUGCACUUUUUGACUAAAAGGAGCAGUGGACACCCCCCUGGUUGUAUGUGAGUUGCGGUCAUCUUUAAAAGCUCUGUUCAUGAGUGUGUGGACAUUCCAUUUGCUGACCAUCCACUUAGUUUUCCUGCCGGCUCACGCUUGUUCUACUUUUGUGGAGUCAAAAGUUGGAAAAUCUCAAGUGAUUUUCUAUUCCUGGAAAAACUUGUCCCUCUUAUCUUCUGUCUCUCCUUUCUCCUUUGUGCUUUCUGGAGAAGGAGGAGCCCAGGAAGUUAGUGGUAGUGAUCAGGCUUUUUGGUCACCAAGUAAUUUGAACGAAGAAUUUGAAGAUUCAAAGAUGAAAUGCAACAAACUGCAACACUCUGAAAAACCUUUUCCUUCAUUCAUCAAAGCAACAGAAAGCUCUUUAGUGAGCAGCCCUUUGAUGUUUUGACGCCGCCCUCCACAUGGAAACACUCUGAACCAAUUACAACCUGGCUCGUAGUUAGACAUGGACUGCACAGCGGCUAUUUUGAAAGCAUGUGCCCGUCUAAGGACUCUGUGGUGUCAGAAUGAACGGACCUCGAUGCAUCACCCCUGGAGGUUUUUGGAGAACUGCCGCUGUGGUCGAGAUGUUCGGGCGGUUGACCCCUUCAGCCAAUCCGCCACCCUUCGGGGAUUGCUGUUUUAUGUGUGCUGCUGCCGGAGCCAUGAGGAAAACUCAGAUCUGUGUCGAGAAUGGGUCGAUCUUCCCGUUGAGGAAACAAGUAGGGACAGGAGAGGGAGAAGAUGUGAAGAAGGUGAGGAGGAGGAGGAGUUAGGGCCGCCUCCCUCAGUUGACGAGGCAGCUGAUGCUCUGAUGACCAGACUGGGCUUUUUAUUGGGAGAAAAAAUUGUCAGUGGAGAGCCUGUCUCCCCUAACCACAGCCAGACUGAUGGGCAGCAGAGAAUAUCCCCUUCCUCCAGUCUGGCCAGCAGCAGCACCUCCCCCUCCUCCACAUUACAGCCCCCUGCUGAAGUGGAGGGUAACAACAACAAUAAACAAACUUCAUCCAUCCAAGCCUGUGUCUCCUCCCCCUCAUCAACCCUGGAGAGUCGAGAUAGUGGCAUAAUAGCCACAUUGACCAGCUAUUCUGUUGAAUCAGCGCCAGAGCAUGACGACAACACCAAACACACCAGUGACGGUUACCAAGGCAGCAGUCUGAAACUCAGGAGACAAGGGGGAUGGUCAGUGGUGACCUCAACCUCCUCCUCCUCUAUGGUUGCGACAGGAAGCUUGAACGAUGACUUCCCGUACAAGGCGGGGGACAGCAUGGCCUCCACAUACAGCCUGAACAAACUCCACCCAGAAUGGGGACAAGAUGCAAAUCGCUUGUCUGGAUCCACCCACUCCAUCCCGCUCUAUCUCAUGCCCCGCCCAAACUCUGUUGCUGCCACUAGUUCUGCUCACCUUGAAGACCUGGCCUACCUGGAUGAACAGCAAAGGCCCACUCCUUCCAGGUCAUCUCUUAGAAUGCCCAGACAGAAUUCUGGAAGUCGAAGUCAACAGGAGCAGAGAGUUCAGUUCACUCCAUACCUCAAUUUGAAGCCCCUUCACUUUGAAAUUCCUGGACUGUUGUCGGAUUGGCGAUUCACGGGAAGGGAGUGGCUUUUUAAGGAAGUGGACACCUGUCUCCGCAGCGAUGACCCGUCCAUCAACCGAGGAGUGGUCAUUGUUGGAAACAUGGGUUUUGGCAAGACUGCCAUCAUCGCCCGCUUGGUGGCCCUGAGUUGUCAUGGAAACCAGAUGUGGCCAACAUCCACUGGCAUCCAGACUUUGCCCAAAUAUGCAGAAUCUUUUCCCCAUGAUUCACUGGGAAGAGGGGCAGGCGAUGAAGGAGGAGGGGGAAGCUGUCCAGGGACUCCAGAGAUCAGGAGAAGACAGCAGGAGGCACUACAGAGGCUUGCAGGACAGGUAGUUUCCUAUCACUUCUGUCAGGCUGACAACUGCCACACGUGUCUGGUUCCGGAGUUUGUCCAUACCCUGGCAGCGAGGCUGACUGAGGCCCCUCAGCUGUCAGCAUAUCGAGAGCUGCUGCAUCGAUCACAACAGCUACAGAGCUCACUCAGCCUGCGGUCCUGCAUCCAAAACCCAAGCUCAGCCCUCCAGAAAGGAAUCUUAGAACCACUGGAUGCUCUCUACAAGGAGAAGGCGCUGCAUCUGGACGGGGCAGGGAUCAUUUUACUGAUCGAUGGCUUAAACGAGGCAGAGUUCCAUCGACCAGACUACGGUGAAACACUCACCUCUUUUUUGUCACAAAACAUUCACACGUUUCCUCCGUGGUUGAAGAUCAUUGCCACUGUCAGGACCAGUCAACAGGACAUCACUCGGUCUCUACCUUUUUACCGGAUUUCUUUAGACAAGAUGGAGGAAAACAGCGCCAUAGAUCAAGACCUGCAGGGUUACCUGAUGCAACGAAUCCACAGCAGCCGUGAGAUUCAGAGCAACGUGUCGCUAAGCAAUGGUCGCCUUGACAACAUGGCUUUGGCCAAGCUGAUAAGCCACCUGAAGACCUUAAGCAAAGGUUCCUACCUCUACCUGAAAUUGACCAUGGACUUGAUUGAGGGAGGAUACUUGGUCCUCAAGAGCUCAAGCUUCAAGGUGGUCCCAGUAAGCCUCGCCGAGGUGUACCUGCUCCAACUGAACAUGCGGUUUCCCACACAGUCGUCUUUUUUGCGGGUUCUACCACUACUCAAUGUGACCGUAGCAUCACUGCACCCACUGACCGACCAGCAACUCUUUGAGGUGGUGAAUGCGGGCACCCUAACAGGAGGAGCAAUGCAAUGGACUGAGUUUGUGCAGCGCCUGGAGCAGCUGUCUCCUUUCCUGCUGCUGCGGACUGAUGGUAGUAGGAUGCUAAACCACACUUCCUUCAGGGAAUGGCUGGUAUGGAGGGAGGAAGGACAAGACGACAGGUUUUUGUGCGACCCCAGGAGCGGUCACACUUUGCUGGCCUUUUGGCUCUGCAGACAGAGAGAAAAGUUGAACGUACUGCAGACACUUGAGCUGGGACAUCACAUCUUGAAGGCUCAUAUCUACAAGGGCUUAAGCAAGAAGCUCGGGAUUCCCUCCUCAAUUCUGCAGGGCCUUUGGCUUUCCUACAGCACAGAGAGCUUGAAUGAGGCACACUCAUCCUUGCGGAACCUUUACACCCCAAACAUUAAGGUUAGCAGACUUCUGAUUAUGAGUGGUGCCGAUGUGGAUUAUCACAGUGGUGUCCUGAAUAAUGCUCCACUGCUCUGUGUCCACGCUCACCUGGGCCACAAUGACGCUGUGGCACUCUUACUCGACCACGGAGCUCUGGUGGAUGCACAGUCUCAGGAUGGCUUGACUGCACUCGGAUUUGCUGCUUCAGCUGGACACCUGGAUGUUAUCACCCUGCUGAGUCAACACAAAGCCAAAGCAGGUCACGUGGACAGCUCAGGUCGGUGCGUGUUGGUGCACGCAGCUCAGAGGGGCCACCUCCAGGUGCUACGCUUCCUGUUGAAGCUUGAGGACUGGAGCUGCACUUCCUGCUGUGGUCACAGGGGGGUGAGCAGGAGCCAGGCAGUGCAGCAAGCACUGAUUGCAGCAGCCAGUAUGGGCCAUUCAGAGAUCGUGUCUCAUCUCCUGGAUCCUCCAGAUGGAGAUAACAAAGAGGAGCAAAGACCUGAAAUCAACACACCUGACAGUCUGUGGGGAGAGACAGCCUUGACAGCCGCAGCAGGAGGAGGCAGGUUGUCAGUCUGCACGCGGCUGCUGGAUCAAGGUGCUGCUCUGCAGCAAAGCAGCAGGCGGGGGGUCGUGCCACUCUUUUGUGCAGUGCGGGGUGGCCACUGGCAGGUCGUGGAGCUGUUACUAAGUCAUGGGGCUGAGGUCAACAUGAUGGACCAGCAGGGUCGAACCGCCUUGAUGACAGCCGCAUCAGAGGGUCACAUGACUACAGCCAAAUUGCUGCUGGAUCAUGGGGCCUCUCUGGAUCUGGCCGACAGGGAAGGUUUAACAGCGCUGAGUUGGGCCUGUCUGAAAGGUCAGCUCCAAUUGGUCAGAGAGCUGGUGGCGAGAGGUGCAACCACGACACACACCGACCGCAGCGGUCGAACACCUCUGGAUCUGGCUGCCUUCCGCGGCGACCCUGAAGUGGUGCAGCACCUGGUGGAUCACGGAGCGUCCGUGGAACACGCCGAUUCCAGUGGGAUGCGUCCUCUGGACCGAGCGGUCGGCUGCAGAAACACUUCAGCGGUUAUCGCUCUGCUCAAAAAGGGGGCCAAGAUAGGACCUGCAACGUGGGCUAUGGCUACGUCUAAACCAGACAUUCUAAUGGUUCUCAUUAGCAAACUGGUCCAAGAGGGGGACAAACUGUACAAGCAAGGUAAAGUGAGGGAGGCUGCUCAUUCCUAUCAGUCAGCUCUGCAGAAGUUUCCGGUGGAUGAGAUGAAGACCUUCAGACAGCUGAGAGUGUGUGUGCUCCUCAACCUGUCACGAUGUCGCCGCAAGAUGAAUGAUUUCAGCCUCGCUGAGGAGUUUGCCACUAAGGCCCUGGAACUAAAAGCCAAAUCUUACGAGGCUUUCUAUGCCCGGGCUCGUGCCAAACGCAGUCGCAGGCAGUUUCAUGCAGCUCUUGAAGAUCUGUUGGAGGCCAGCCGCCUGUGUCCCUCCAACCGAGAGAUUCAGCGCCUUCUCUCUCGGGUCAAGGAAGAGUGUCGACAACAAGACUCUGCCACUCCCUCCACGCAACAUGUUUGUCAAGGAAACUUCUCCGCCAGUGAUGCCAGGGGCAGAGAUCCUGAGGAGGAGACCUUUAAGGAUGCAGACAAUGAAGAGGAUAGAAGUCAGUGGAAAGGAAAUGUUUCUGCUCCCAUGAUCCAAAGUCUUAACAUAUAUGGUUGCCCAAAAGUGCAGAGCGUACCUUCCUCCGUCUCACCAACGCGUUUAUAUCAUCCCCAAGCCAGUCCGACCCACUCGCCCUCUUACUCUGCACCUCCGCCUCCAUCCUCCUAUCAGUGUUUCAGUCCCCCAACAUCUCCCCGGCAGCGUCCUCAGCCAACCAGCCCCCUGUUGGAACGUCAACCCAGUCACAUUCAGAAGGUGUUAUCGGCUCAGCACCCAGACCAGAACCAGGGAGUACAACCAUAUCAACAACAGGCAAAUUUAAGAUCGUUCCAGAACCAGAACCAGUGGCUACAGCAAGCCAAAGUCCAGCUAGUCCGAACAAGCCAACCCACUUCGGCGAUUCAUUCCAGUGUGGUUUUGGGGAGUUCCGGCUACUCUCAGUUUGCCCAGUUGCCACAGGAACUCGCUGAAUUAGGGGACGGUAUUUGUCCAAGCGCCUUUGAUAUGCAGCCUAACCAGCAGGCGCAUGCAGGUCUGGGCCCUGGAGCUUCAUAUAAACAAGACAAUGUGGACGUUGACCUGGUCUGCCAUUCAAGACCUGCACCUGUGUAUGGGAGAGGGGGAGGAGAUCGAGUAGGGAUGAGUCAUUUCGGACAGGGCCGUCAGUUCUGCCGCAACCAAUCCAAAGCAGCCUACUACCCAAUGGAAGUAACUGAAGGCCCACAAGAUGAUCACCAGUACCUCCACCAGGGGGGACUACGACGCCCACUUAGUGCUCACCCAAACUCCCCUGCCUUUCCCCAGAGACCUGCCCACCACUCCCAGAGUCCCAAUGUUCGAUUCUCUACCAGCAGCGGCAGCCUUGCGAGCGGGCAGCAGGCUAACCGAGGCGCGGCUUUCAGGACCUCAGCCUCCACCCAGCACAUGGACUUACCUCCGCACAUUUCCACAGGAGAGGUGAUCGGUCAUCGUGACGACCUUGUCCUGAUCUCCUCGCCACAGCCAGACACUUGCCUAGUCGGAGGCGGCACGUAUCCCGGAGAGGCCGGCCGUUCCAGGAACACCCCUUACAUGGGUAUCAAUGACAAGUCCGUGAGGACACAACAAGGUCCUCCUACUUCCUCAUCCGUCCUCAGCCCCUCUCGAUCCUGGGCCGUGUCUUCGGUGGACACCAUCGUCACGGUGCCGGGAAAAACCCCCACCAAACAGGCGGAGUCGAGCCAAUUCCAACAACCCUUCUCCAUCGCCUACCACAACCGCAGCAACAACAACGGCCAUUAUGACCAGCAGCCGUCCUAUUACGACGUGCUGCCGAGCCACACCCCUGCGGGUCAAGUUGGCGCUCACAAGUUCCCUUACCUUGACGUCAAGCUCGCUCGAACACUGCCCGUCAACAGAAAGGCUUGUCCGACCUCACCUGUGAAAGCCAAAAGACCCUUUGUAGAGUCAAAUGUAUAAGACAGUAGGAAGGAAUAGAAAAAAACAAAACAUUGAGAUGCUUGAAGAUCCAACUUGCGUUAAGUGUUGAGGUCUAGGUGUACUCGCUCCAGGCGCACCUGACACCUGAAACCCGACACCGUUUGGCUCGUGUGAGCGCUCUGAUUUCUGAUCAACUUUGCCGCACUUGAUUGGAAGAGGUGGGCCAGGCCACGGCACGGUUGGUCGAGGCAUCCAACGACUGUAAUCCGAGGAGCGAUCGCACGGCCACAUUCCGUAACGCAAAUAGAAAAACAUCAAAAGCCCCAAAAUCAGGGAGCCAAAACUUCUAUUUAUUUUACAUAAAAUUCAUUGUUAUAGAGAUAAAUUAUUAAAUAUUAGACUAGUCUUGUAUACGCUAUGCUAAGAUAAUUUGUUUAGCAUACAGUAGGAAGGUCUUUCAUACCGCCCUGACACAUGAAACGUGACGAAUUAGGGGGGUGGACUAUCCACUCCCACCGUCAGAUGGCAGUAAAGUGCUGAACAUCUUAAAAUGCGUUUUGAGGCAAUUCCAACUUUGACCUCAGUAUUAAUUGCUAUUGAGAGUGGCGCUUUCCAUAAUUUUCAGCUCACUGCAUUGCAAAAUGAUUACCCCCCCUUUCUAUAUGAAUGCCUUCCCUUUUGUACAUUAAGGUACAUCGGUUUGGGCAUAAAUGGACCUGUGUGCAGUUUUCCCUUCCCUGGAAAGAGUUUGGGAGUCCACCAACGGUCCUCACGUCAGGAAUGCGAUCGCUCCUCCUGCCAGCAGAAGGAAACACAGCAAGUACAGAGUGGUGAUGUCACCAAGCACAAAUGACCGGGACAAUGAGUCAUGUAUGCAAAUAUUGUACAUUUCAGUUGAGAAGGCUCUAGCUACAAAAAAAAAAACGUGCGCUCGUGUACAAAGUUGCCAUUUUGUUUAGCAUUUAGGAGGACAGGACAACGUGUGUUUGGGACGGCUUUGAUUGUUUGGGUUUUCCCUGCACUUCUUUUUAGAACACGAAAGUUAAGGUCACCCGGAAGUGAAGUUGAAUGUUGUGUCGCGAUGAAUGGAACUGGUCCGCUCCGCCGGGCGCCGGACGCUUCACUGCGACGUCGCCGUUUGCAGGAGUGCUCCGAAAUCAGAGUGCGAGAUAUCGCCAAUGUUAGCUUCAAAGGGCAAAAUCGAAUUAAAUGUGGAGUUCAUUAGUGACAUUUGGGACGAUGUAUAAAUUGUUUUGUUUAUUUUAACACUCUUAAGUACCCGCAACAAACAAAACCUACACACGGAUACGUUCUAACAUGAUACACUAUUUCACCAUCUGGAAACAUGUUAAAAUAACAUUUACCAAAACAUCAGCUUUUAUUUUGAAACCCACCCUUCGGAGUGAUUAGUGCUGCAGAAAUAUUUCCUAUUUACAUAUAAAAGGCAGAAUAUGAAGCACAAGUGUUGGAAAGGUUUUUCUCCUGCGCAGUCACUGCGCCAAACAUGUCGUCCGUGGCGAGGAAUUCUCUACUGUGUCUCGUUGAGCUAUUAGCUUGUUAGCAUCCUUCGUCACCCGCAAACAAUGACUAUUAAAGAAAGUCAGAGUGUUAUUGCAGCUGGAACAAACCCAUUACCUUUUUAUGCAAGCCUCUGAUUUCAGGAGAUGGGUAAGGGCGGUGCUAGCACCGAGCAAACAUGCUAUACACUAUAUCACCAUCUGAAAAGAUGUUCGACCAAAACAUCAGCUUUUAUUUUGAAAUCUGUGUGUUUAGUGCGGCAGAAUUAUUUCCCCAUUUAUACCAAAAUGCAGUCUGUGGCAAGGAAUUCUCUGCUGGAACGCCUGUGUUUCAUUGAGCUGUUAGCUUGUUAGCUUCCUUCGUCAUCCGCAAACAAUGACUAUUAAAGAGAGUCGGAGUGUUAUUGCAGCUGGAACAAACCAAUCACCUUUUUGUGCAAGCCUUAUCUGAUUUCACGAGAUUGGUGAAGAUCUGCUAGCACCGAGCAAACAUGCUAUACACUAUAUAACCAUCUGAAAAUAUAUUUGACUAAAAGAUCAGCUUUUAUUUUGAAAUCUGUGUGUUUAGUGCUGCAGAAUUAUUUCCCCAUUUACACCAAAACGGAGGAGGAAAGGAAUUCUUUGCUGGAACACUGAUGUCUAGUUGAGCUGUUAGCUUUUUAGUUUCCUUCGUCACCUGCAAACAAUGACUAUUAAAGAGAGUCGGAGUGUAAUUGCAGCUGGAACAAACCAAUCACCUUUUUGUGCAGGCCUUCUCUGAUUUUCAGGAGAUAGGUAAGGGUGGGCUAGCACCGAGCAAUCAUGCUAUACACUAUAUAACCAUCUGAAAAGAUGUUUGAACAAAACAUCAGCUUUUAUUUUGAAAUCUGUGUGUUUAGUGCUGCAGAAUUAUUUUUCAAUUUACACCAAAAUGGAGAAGGAAUGAGGAAUUCUCUGCUGGAACGCUAGUGUCUCGUUAAACUGUUAGCUUGUUAGCUUCCUUUGUCACCCACAAACAAUGACUAUUAGAGAGUCUGAGUGUUAUUGCAGCUGGAACAAACCAAUCACCUUUUUAUACAAGCUUUCUCUGUAUUCAGGAGAUGAGUAAGGGACGUGCUAGCACCUAGCAAACAUGGUGUACACUUUAUCACCAUCUGAAAAAAUGUUUCACCAAAACAUCAGCUUUUAUUUUGAAAUCUGUGUGUUUAGUGCUGCAGAAUUAUUUCCCCAUUUAUACCAAAAUGUAGUCUGUGGCGAGGAAUUCUCUGCUGGAACGCCGGUGUUUCAUUGAGCUGUUAGCUUGUUAGCUUCCUUCGUCAUCCGCAAACAAUGAAAAUUAAAGAGAGUCGGAGAGUGUUGUUGCAGCUGGAACAAACCAAUCACUUUGAUGCAAAUGUUGAUCGGAAAUCAGAGAAGGCAAGUCUUCUCUGAUUUUGGGUCAACAUCUGGGGCUGGGUUGGGUAUGAGAUGUGCCAACACCUAGCAAACAUGCUAACCACUAUUUUAUUAUCCGAAAAUAUGCUUUACCUUCGAAUAUUUACCAAAACACCUGCUUUUAUUUUGAAAUUUUGCCUAUUGAGUGUUUGGUGCUGCAGUGUAUGACACUUACUCAUUUCCAAUUUACACUCAAAAGGCCGAGUAUGAAAGAUGAGUGUUGGAAAAUUUCCAUUCUGCCCAAGUUUGGUUGAUUUUAUUUAAAAAAAUUAGUUUUUAAGGUUAUAAAGCCUGCCUUCCAAACGUUGAUCUGAAAUCCGAGAAGGCUUACUUUUCUCAUUAUCGCAUAGCGAUUGCUGAUCCAAAAUCAGACACGGUUUGCGUUCUCUCAUUAGCGCAUAGAGGAAAUGUAUCUUAAACCUCGGAUUUCAGGUCAGCACUUGAAAAGGUGGGCUUUAUAGCCUUAAAAACUGAACUUCAGAAUAAAACUUGGGCAGGGUGGAUAGUUUUCCAACAUUCAUCUUCCAUGUUCUGCCUUUUAAGUGUAAAUGGGAAAUUGGUAAGUUCGAAACACUCCAUAGGCAAAUUUCAAAAUAAAAACUGGUGUUUUGGAAAACAUGAAGUAACACAUCCCCUAACCAACCCAACCUCAAAUGCUGAACCGAAAUCAGAGAACUUCUCUGUUUUCCAAUUAACAUUUGGGAAGUUAGGCUUUAUAGCCUUGAAAACUGAAUUUUUGAGUAAAAUAAAAACACUUGGGCAGGGUGGAUAUUUUAAAACUCUUCCAUAUUUUGCCCUUUAAGCGUAAAAGGGAAUUUAGUUUCAUACACUACAGCGCUAAACUCUCCAAAUGCAAAUUUCAAAAUAAAAGCUGGCGUUUUGGUAAAUAUUAUAAAGUAAAACAUGUUUUCAGAUAGUAAAAUAGUGGUUAGUAUGUCUGCUAGUUACUAGCACACUCCUUACCCAACCUAACCCCAAAUGUUGAUCCAAAAUCAGAGAAGGGUCUUCUCUGAUUUUGAAUCAACAUUUUGGAAGGUGUAGCCUUGAAAACUGAAUUUUUUAGUAAAAUAAAAACACUUGGGCAGGGUGGAUAUUUUACAACUCUUCCAUGUUCUGCCUUUUACACGUAAAAGGGAAAUUAGUCACACUGCAGUGCUAAACUCUCCAAAGGCAAAUUUCAAAAUAAAAGCUGGCGUUUUGGUAAAUAUAAGGGAAAACAUUUUUUCAGAUAGUAAAAUAGUAUUUAGCAUGUUAGCUAGGCGCUAACACAUCCCUUACCCAACCCCAAAUGUGGAUCCAAAAUCAGAGAAGGGUGACCUCUGAUUUUGGAUCAACAUUUGGGAAGGUAGGCUUUAUAGCCUUGAAAACAAAAUUUCUGCUUUUUACGCAUGAAAGGGAAAUUAGUCACACUGCAGUGCUAAACUCUCCAAAGGCAAAUUUCAAAAUAAAAGCUGGCGUUUUGGUAAAUAUAAGGGAAAACAUUUUUUCAGAUAGUAAAAUUGUAUUUAGCAUGUUAGCUAGGCGCUAACACAUCCCUUACCCAACCCCAAAUGUUGAUCCAAAAUCAGAGAAGGGUGACCUUCUCUGAUUUUGGAUCAACAUUUGGGAAGGUAGGCUUUCUAGCCUUGAAAACAAAAUUUCUGCUUUUUACGCAUGAAAGGGAAAUUAGUCACACUGCAAUGCUAAACUCUCCAAAGGCAAAUUUCAAAAUAAAAAUUGGUGUUUUGGUAAAUAUAAGGUAAAACAUGUUUUCGAUUACUAAAAUAGUAUUUAGCAUGUUUGCUAGGCGCUAGCCGAUCCCUUACCCAACCCAACCUCAAUUGUUGAUCCAAAAUCAGGGAAGGGUGACCUUCUCUGAUUUUGGAUCAACAUUUGGGAAGGUAGGCUUAAUAGCCUUGAAAACUGAAUUUUUUGAGUAAAAUAAAAACUCUUCAAUGAUCUGACUUUUAAGCGUAAAUGGGUAAUUGUUAAGUUUGAAACACCCAAUAGGCAAAUUUCAAAAUAAAAGCCAGUGUUUUGGUAAAUAUUCUAAAGUGAAACAUGUUUUCAGAUGGUAAAAUAAUGGUUAGCAUGUUAGCAUGUCCCUUACCCAAACCAACCCCACUCGUUGAUCGACAUAGGCAUGAAAAGGGAUUGGUUUGUUCCAGCUGCAUUAACACUUUCCCGACUGUCUUUACAUGUUUAAGUUAGCAAGAGUGCCAGCUCUGGCUUACUUCACCCACGCUUUGGAGCCUUUAAAAGACGUCACGUGUCUUUGACAUACAAACAGUUGUUUGGUUUUUGACACUCCUUUUUUUCUCGGCUUUCGGGGCCAAAAUAGGCGGUGCUUACCUAGUUUGACUCCGCCUCUAAAUCCUGCCCAGAUAGUCUGACAGGCGUCAGUCAUAGCUGCCACAUGCCACAGACCUGAACGUGAAAGUAAACCAGGGACAAGCAGAGCGGGGGAAAGACCAAAGGGCCGACCUCCUUCUUACAAGCACAACACCUGCAGAAACAUCAGCUGAUUACCGUAUAAGAAAAUAGUAUUUAAGUUGUGUCUCUUUUAAAACGUUUACUUUUUUCACCUCUUUUACUCCCAGUGGCAUCCAAACUUAAUCUUUAUAUUUUUUUUGUAAUUGAAUACUUUAAAUAUUAGGACCACCCACAGCAAAAGUCAAAUUAGGGUUAAAAGGCAGGUUACAAAAAAAACGUGAAAAAAUAUAUGUCUUUUAAUUGCCUCAUAAAAGGAGGACUUAAGUCUAAUUCCGUGCAUUUUUGUGUGAUGGUUCUUUUAUCGCCAUGGAAACGAGCGACAUCUGAAGUCCCAGCACAAGUAGAAAACUUCUGGACAAUUCUUUUUCCGUGCUACUUAAGUUGUGUUUUGUGAACAUUGUUGCUGUUUUGUGUACUUUGUUGUUGUUAUUGUUGCUGUUGUUGUUGUUGUUGUACCUGACCAGUGCUCAUCCUCAAGUGACCUCUGACCUUUUCCUGGUCUCUGCAGCAAGUCCCACUCUGAGUGGAAACACUGAGUCCGUGGAGAGGAUGCAAAACAUUAAAGUGACAACUUGA